CUGAUUUUGAACUUUGAAGAAGAAUGUGCAAACUUUAUCAGACAGGUGUGGCUCCGUUGUUGCUGCUGUGGGAAUAAACAAUAUAACAUCUGUUUUUAACUCUGGACGUGGUUACAUUUCAUGUCAGCCGCACUAUCACGGGGAAAUUUGCACAGCUAACCCAGCUGCAGUUAGACACAAUGGAGUCGUCUGUGGUAAACCUGUACAACCAGUUCCAGAGUCUGACAGCCCAGGUGGACGAUCUGAAUGAGGGCAUUGAACCACAGUUCCUCCAGAUGGCAUUGAACUUUGAGGAGUGCCGUAAGAAGUGGCUGCGGGCAGGUGAAGAGUUGGUUUCCUGUAAAGAGGUGCUGGCUAAAGCAGAGACUGAGAGGGGAGCCCUGGAGGUCAAACUAAAGCAUGCUCGCAACCAGGUGGAUGUGGAGAUCCGCCGGCGGCAGAAGGCUGAGGCAGUCUAUGAGAAGCUGGAGCGUCAGCUACAGCUGAUCCGGGAGCUGCUGAUAUCCGAGAAUAACGGUGGCAGUGUCCUCCUGAGUGAGGAGCAACGCUCUGCCCUGGCCUUCCUCAGUGCCCACUCCCAGGCAGCACAGGCUGUUAAAGGCAACCUCAACUCUAGUCGAAGGUUAAAUACCAUCAAUGAAUCCGCUUCUUUGAUGUCAGACAUCAGCUAUGACCAAACAGAUGACUCUCUGGACUGGGAUUCCUCUGCAAUGAAGACAGUGAGACUACGGAAACGCCAGAAACGACGUUCCUCCAGAAAACUCUCUGAGGUUCCUCCACAGACAGUGAAGAAACCUCGCUCCACUGGAUGCACGUCAGAUAGGAUGAAUGAGUCUAUAGUGGCCAAAACCACCAUCACGGUUCCUGUCAAUGGUGGUACUGUGGAGGCCAUCUCCACCAUUGAAACGGUGCCUUACUGGACACGCAGCAGAAAGAGUGUUGCUCCAUCAUGGGGUGAUACAACCACUACUGACCAAUCUGAGGCUGCCAGUGAGCCUCCCAGCACACCAGUCUCAGAUUUCUCAGCCAAACUCCGAACCCCGAGAGCUAACAGAGGAGGAAAGAAGCACCAGUUCAUCCCCAAAACAGUGAUCAAGUCUGAGUUCUGUGUACCAUGUGGAAAAAAAACAAAGUUUGGCAAGAUGUACCUUCGCUGCCAGGAUUGCAGAGUUGUGGCCCACCCAGAGUGUCGUGACUGCUGUCCCCUGCCCUGUAAUCCUGUAGCCGUUAGCACUCCCAUCAAGAACACAUUGACCACCCUGGCUGACUUUGCUCCAGUCACCUCUCCAAAGAUCCCAGCUUUGGUUAUCUACUGCAUUAAGGAGAUUGAACACAGAGGCCUACACGAGGUUGGCCUAUACAGAGUCUCUGGCAACGAGCGGGCGGUGAAAGACCUGAAGGAGAAGCUGAUUAGAGGAAAGACUCUGCCUCCGCUUAACAAAGUCGAAGACAUCAACGUCAUUACAGGUGUCCUCAAAGACUUCCUCAGAAAGCUUCCAGAGCCGCUGCUCACCUUCCACCUCAACAAAGCCUUCAUGGAAGCAGCUGAAAUCCAGGAUGAUGGCAACAGCCUCGCCUUGUUGUAUCAGACCAUCAGUGAACUGCCUCAACCCAACCGAGACACUCUGGCCUGCCUGAUGAUCCAUCUGCAGAAGGUCUCUCAGAGUGUGGAUACCAAAAUGGAUGUGAACAAUCUGGCCAGGGUGUUCGGCCCUACUCUUGUGGGUCAUGCUACUCCUGACCCAGACCCUAUGACCAUCCUGCAUGACACAAACAGACAACCACGGGUUAUAGAGCGCUUGCUCAGUAUUCCAGCAAACUACUGGGGCCAGUUUGCUUAUCCACUUAAUACAGGCACGGACAAUGCUCACCACGCUGAUACUCCAGACCACAAAGUGAGCAUACUGGGACCAGUGACCACUCCAGAGCACCAGAUGAUGGCCAAAACACCAUCCUCCAGCUCGCUGUCCCAGCGCAUGAUGCACACCCUCUCUAGUACCACCAUAUUUGGGAGCAAGAGCAAAGCAACAUCUGCCUCCAACCGCCAGGGCAACUUCUUUGCUUCUCCACAGCUGAAGUAAUGGCAAAGGAGAAAAAUGUUCACCCAUAUUGUACUUGUGGGUUUCUUACUGCAAUAAUAGAAUAUAUAUUCACAUAAUCAUGUGGGAAAACUAUGUGCAAUGUUAGCAUGUAACAGUUUUAUUACGUCAGUUUCAUUAUUAAGUAUUUUAGGCAAGACUUUCUAACCAGAUUUUUUCUUUGAAAAGAUUCUCGCACAUGAGUGUUUAUUUUUAUGUCUUUAAUUUCUAAUGAUUUAUCAUUUACUAAAACUGUACUGACAUCUAUGUGAUUGUAAGAAGUUUGAGGCUUUGAAAGGUAACUACUGUAUUAUUCAAUCUGGACUCUAUUUCCCAAUGUUUUCGUGUCUAUGUGACUAAUGAAGAAAAUAAUAUAUUAUUGCUGCUGCCUCGCUCAGUUACUUUGUUUGUGUUAUUGUGACUUUGUUGUUUUAAAGGGUUAAAAACACCAAAAGUCGCACAAUCACACAAACAAGCUAACCAUUCGAGGCAGUGGUAGACCAGAGAGGUCUGGUGGCUUUGAACAGCAUAAACAAAAGGAUCCAAGUCUGUCAGAGGCAAAAUUACGCACUUCAGUGGGCGCAAUUGCCUGGAAGAAUUACAUUGCAGGCCUCUUUCACUGCCGCAGACUGCAAAAUAUUUUUUACUAACUUGUCACAUAGACACAAAAACAUGAGGAAAAAAGGGUCCAAGUUGAAAAAUACCAAAGUUACUCUUUAAUGACCAAGCAACCAUUUGAUACCAAUUCAAGGAUCACUAUGUUCUACUUUGUGUUUAACAUUUUGAUGUCCAAAAGUUAUGCAUUCACUGGUGUUUGCUCAUCUUUGAACCUGUGGUUGUAACCACAGCGCCAGGGGUGCUGGAGCACACGUGAACUACAAAGCUGUAGUAUUAUUGUUGUUACUGGCCAGUGUCUCGUUCUCUUUUGGGUUUGGUUGCCUCGUCGUUGUCCUAAAACUGACAUCUUAAUUGUUUUCAUGAUUUAACAUUAAUGUUGAUUAUGUGGUGUGACGUAUACCAAUCAUGACAAAUUAUAUACUUUAACAACACUGCAGUGGACACUGAAUGGGGAAAAAUGUUGCAUUUGCACUGUAUCUAUGUAACAAUCUGAGUACACACCACUAGAGGCUGCUGUUGCGCCACAUUUGAUAUGCAAGCCUUAACCAAUGAAGAUGACCUACUGUAUAUUCUGCACACAACCAGUCAGCAUGACUGACAUACACUCAUUACCUUGAUAAAUCAACAGAUCAUUGGAAAUACUGUUAGUUAUUCCUGUUACCUAGGACAGUUAAAUCAGUAUUUUAUUCCUCUCACAAGCCAGAGAUCUGGGACAUCUGUGUGUCAUCACAAAAAAAUCUGGAGCUUGUUUAAUUUAUGAAUGUGUAAACUGAUAUGCAUGCAAACUUGCUGUAUUUGUAUCUACAGUAGCUUUCUUGUACAGUGACAUCAGUAAUGCAGAAGAAUUGACACUUCCUCGGAGUACAUUUCUUUUUCUUUUCUUCUCCCAUUGUCACCUUUUAGCAGCUCCAGAUUUUAGUGUGAUGACUACAUUAGUGGUUCGUUCAGGUAUUAGUUAUUUAGAGGAGAAAUGUUCAAGAUGACAAAAACUAAUUGACAGUAUUUACUAAUUAAAACCAAAUCCAGCCAUAUUGUGCGUACCAUUUAUCUCCAGAGAAAUGCUACAUUAGGUUUUAUACAUUCUUGUGCUUUUAUUCCAUCAUGAUUCUGUUUCUCUAAUGAAAUGUUGUCUAACUGAUGUAGUUCCUUUCACCAAAGAUUUUGUGCACUGAAUGUUGACGCUAAUUUCUUUGUCUAAGCUCAAAUAAGAUCACACAAAAGUCCAUGGUGGAGCGGAAAAAUAAAACAUCAAAAGACUG